AUGGGUCUAGAGAGUGCACAACCGCCAGAAGGAGAAUCUCCCCAAGAAGAAGACUCGAGGCUCCGCAGCGUUAAGAAAGCAAAGCCGAAUGGGGAUAAAUCAAUGCCGGAUGCUGAUGACAACGUGGAAUUUGUUAGAGACGGAGAAAGUAUGAUCGUAGAAAAUCCCAAUCCCAGCCAGGGAAUUCAAUCGAGUGAGAACAAGAGGAUCCCGCUUGAUGUGUGUGGACCGAGGAUAAAAGAUCCGGAACAAGGAAGUUCAUAUAAAGACAGAUUGAUGUCGGUUGAUACGAAAAUUGUGUUGUCUCCAACAGAAAUUGUGCAGUUAGUGGCUGAGGAUUAUGGUUUGGAGGAGAUGGAGGAUGUGAAUUUGGAAGAGGAGGCUCCCUUCAAUCCAAAAUCGGUAGUGGAAGUCUCCUUGGAGGAAUAUGAUCAAUGGUGCAAACCAUGGAAACUUUCUCUCAUCGUGAAGCUGCUUGGCAAGAGUCUAGAAUUUCGAGCGAUGGAGACUUGGAUUCGGAGGACUUGGUCAUGGAAUGGAGAUCUCAAAGUAAUUGACUUAAUGGGUGAUUUCUUCUUGGUGAGAUUCAUGGACGAAGGUGAUUAUCGACGUGCCUUAUUUGAAGGUCCAUGGCAGGUGCGUAUUCCCAAACUGCCUGUGAAAUUGUAUACUGAUAAAUUUCUAUGGCGAGCUGGGAAAAAGAUAGGAACAAUGUUGAAGAUUGACCAGAAUACCUCCAUUCAUUCUAGAGGAAAAUUUGCACGCUUGUGUGUGGAAAUUGACCUGAGGCGCAAACUGGUUCUAGGAAUCAAAGUACUGGGUCAUGACUUCAAAGUUGAAUAUGAAGGACUACAUUUAAUUUGCUUCGGAUGUGGCCGUUAUGGUCAUAGAAUUGAGUUGUGUUCGGAAGGAGGGACAAGGAAGGAGAUUGUGCAACCACUGUGCACUGAUGGUAGUGGUCAAUCAGAAAAUGCUCCAAAGAAUUUGGUUGUAGAAUCUGCUACCUUAGUGCCGGAACCUUCAGAUUCAAUUAGUCCAGUUGCAAAUAUUGCGGAGAGGAAUACUGGGGUGUCAGAUCUGAAUGAAGAUAUGGAAAAUGGGAAAAACUUGAACUCUUUUGGGUCUUGGAUGUUAGUUAAGAGGCCCCAGCGAAAAAAUAUGAAGAAAAAAGUCUCUGGGCUUGAUCCAAAUAAGGGGGUAAAUGUUGACAAGGGCUCAAGGUACCAAGUUCUAGACUAG